AUGUCGGGCCAAAUUUCAGCGGAAAAUGAACCCGUGUCAGUGGCCAUCAUCGGCGGAGGAAUUAUCGGUCUCGUGCUCGCCGUCGGUCUUCUCCGUCAGAAGAUCCAAGUGAAGGUGUACGAGCAAGCGCAGGGGUUUAGAGAUAUCGGCGCUGGGAUUGCUUUCACAGCGAAUGCAGUCAAGUGCAUGGAGCAAAUCGACCCAGAUAUCGUCACAGCCCUGCGUUCUAGUGGGGCGGUGGCUAGCUCCAAAGGAGACGAGACAGACCCGAACGACUAUCUCCGCUGGCUGGACGGUUACACUCAGCAGCAAAAGAAAGACGAACCAUACUACCAGCGCAUGCUAUACAGGUUGGAUGCAGGUUACAAAGGGUUUGAAGGGUGCAGGCGCGAUCAGUUCCUUGAGGCGUUGGUAAAGACCAUCCCUCCCAACGUGAUUCAGUGUCGAAAGAGACUGGAGACCAUAGAUGAGGCAGGAGAUGCAAAGGUUCAACUAUUAUUUGCAGAUGGGUCUGUGGAGGAAGUUGAUGCAGUCAUUGGCUGCGACGGGAUCAAAUCUCGUGUACGCGUACUGCUCCUCGGGGAGGAUCACCCAGCUAGCCACCCGGGCUAUACACACAAAGUCGCAUACAGGGCUCUAAUUCCCAUGGAGGACGCAAUCAAAGCCUUGGGCGAGUACAAGGCCAACAACCAGCAUUAUCAUGUUGGCCCGAACGCACACCUGAUCCAUUACCCCGUCGCCAACCGGAAGUUUGUCAACGUCGCAGCGUUCAUCUCCGAUCCACAAGAGUGGGAGGAUGAAAAGACAGUCGCAGCAGGCCAAAAAGCGGAUCUCAUCGCCGCUUUUUCUGGAUGGAACCCUUGUGUGCACAAUAUCAUCGAGCUAUUCCCCGAGCAACUUGACAAAUGGGCCAUCUUCGAUCUCUGGCAAUACCCCGCACCGUAUUAUAGCAAGGACAGGAUAUGCCUUGCGGGGGACGCUGCUCAUGCGUCUAGCCCACACCACGGAGCGGGUGCAUGUAUGGGUAUUGAGGAUAGCCUUUGUCUAGUUACCUUGUUCGGCGAAGUCAACCAAACUAUAGCGAAAGACCCAUCUUCAAAAUGGCAUGCGUUGAAGACAGCGUUUGAAACGUUCGAUUCCGUUAGACGUACUCGCAGUCAGUGGCUCGUUAACAGCAGUCGGCGGGCGUGUGAAUUUUACCAUCAGCCUGAGUGGGCCGAAAAGGACAAGAGGGUGAAGGCGCAGACAUGUUUCGAGGAGCUGAAGGAUCGGUCGCACAAGAUUUGGAACUUCGAUUAUCAGGGUAUGAUUGAAGACACUGUUCAGGGGUAUAGGGAGAAUGUACUUGUGUCAGAUGGAUCUGGAAGUGAAAUAUGA